CACCAUUCCCAAGAUGAUGCCUUUAACAUCAUUAAAAUUUACAGCCACAUGUUGGCUAAUUAUCUUGCCCUCCAAGAGGCUAACAAGGAGCACGAGUACUUUAAAAUUUACAAGAAAUGUAUUGAAGAGUAUUGCCAGAAUCCUUCCUCUGUUCACCAUGUUUCGCUCACUCCUGACCUCCUGCAAAUGCUCUUAGAUGGUUUGAUGAGCACUUCUAUUGCCAAAGAAAAGAAGGCUGUGCCAAGCUCUUCUUCCUCGAGACAAAGUCCUAAGGAUUCCAGCGAAGUCAAAGAGGAUUAUGCUUCUUUAUCCACAGAAUCUGUUAGCACUUCUGAUGUCGAUGAUCAUAGUUUAAUCUUUCCUUUAGUGGAAGUUAAUUCAAACGCACCUGCCCUUGCCACUAAAGUUUACCCUUCUCAGUAUCUUGGCCAAGUACCCGAAGGCUUUGUUGUUGCUCCAUCCCCUAACUUAACGCAAAAAAGAAACAAGUCUAGUGCUGUCACCACUUCUUCCAAAGUUUUGAAGGCUUCUACUGCUGAGUGUUCCGCUCGUUCAUCACAACAAUCUAAACCGAUUUCCAACAUUCAACCUAGUCGAGCAUCUGAUUCUGACAUCAGCGCAGCGCAUGAUCCUAAUCCCAAUUCUGCUGGGCAUCUUGCUUCUGCUUCUACGAUUAUCAUGAACCCGUCUUCAGGGUCUGAUCCUCCCCCUUCUCUAUUUUGCCGCCUUCAAUGUCGUCUGCUCAGACAGAAUCACUCCCCUUGAAACCUCCCAUUCAAUCAAGGGAAAUGAGAAGAAGAAAUGCGGCUUUCCCUGAAAUUUUGGCUCGUAUUAAGAGCAUUAUUGAUUCUUGUUCGGGUAAUUCCGCUACACCCUGAUCGGAUGCACUCAUUUUGCCUCUGCCCUGGCCUGACAUUCUACCAUAGUGAACAUCCCAUCCAUCGAAGAUGUCUUGAAAUUAUAAGAAAAACCAACACAAGCGCCCCUUUGUCUACCUCUCUACCUUUGUGCCAAACGUCUUCUCCUGCUGUGCUUGAACAAUACCUCACUGCUGCCUUGAUGAGCACUCCCACUUUUCUUCCGGUAGGCUCUAGCAUCAGUCCCUCCGAUCCACUUUUUGAGAACAUCUAUGAUCUACAUUUAUCACAGGAUUUCCCUGAUUCUCAAAAUUCUAAGAUUUUGAAGUGUACUGCUUCCCCCAAUGUUGUUUCAUCUGAAACCACUAUCCCCAGCUCUUCCGGGUUCUAGCUUUCCAAACUUCUACAACAACAACAACAGCUUCAAAUGUGCCCAAUCCUGAUGAUGACCAGAACCCCAAUGCUCAAUUUAAUAUUCCGAGCAGCUCUAAUCCUCUCUUGCUGCCCCCAGUUGCAUCAGAAAAGGUUCCUUUACCGGAUGCAAAUGCUGGUUUGAAGGAUGCUAGGAGGAGUACAAGAAUAGAAUUUGGUUCUUUGUCAGCCGAGGGUUACGUAAUUACUAAUCCCUAUUCAGGGCUAUCGUUCGAGUGCUCGAAUGUGUUGCGACAUGAAAUGCAAUUUCCAACUGAACUACUGUGCAGUGCUGACUUCCUGAGUGAAUCCUGCGUGUAUAAAUUCAUGGAUGAGCAGAUUAUGUUGAAUUUGUAGACUCGCACCAUUUCAACAAAUGGAAGCGUUGUAUCAAACUAUGCAGAACACAUUGAUUUUGUGCUUAAACAAUUCUCAACGAGCAGCUGGGAUUUUGAAGAAACAGCUGAAUGAGAUUGAACAGAAACAUGUCGCGGCCAAUGAAAACCGUAAAAAAGCCAUGUUCGAUUUGUCCGACCAUUUGAAUUUAGCUACUAUUCGAGUAAAUGAGCUUGAAUUGAGCCUUACAGCAAAGAAUGAGGUUAUUGCUCGAUUUUAUGAUGAAUAAAUACUACUCGAAAGGUCUCUGGGUAAGAAAAGUGCUGCAUUGUCGACCCUUGAAGAGCAAGUAAAAGGAAAAGAUGACAAGAUUAAAUCUUUGCAAGAAGCAUUGUCAACGAUGAAAGGCAAACUAGAGGCAAACAAGAAUGAGCAUUUCACGGUUAUUUCCAAGUUAGAAUCAACACUAGAAGAGACCAAAAGUCGAGCGUCUACUGCGGAUGAAAAAGAGAAUGCGCUGCAACAAGUAAAAGUAAUUGUGUUGAUUAUGUGAUGCGUUGUUGCUUUCUUUCCUAUAUGCACAGCAACCGAAAAACAUAUCAAUUUGCUUUGGUGUUCCUGUUGUGCAGAAAAUUGAUGAUUUGCUAUACGAGUUGACUAAGGUGCAUAUCAGCGAUUGCCACAAUGCAGAGAAGGCGCUUGCUUAUUUGAAUGAAAUUGACAUUGCCUUCUAUUUGGAUGAUAUUAUUAACCCAGAUGGUGGAAGAAAGGAGAGCAAUCUAUUACUAUUGGAAUUUUUCUGUAAGACUCAUAAUAUCUAAGUGGGGGUGUAUGAAUACGAGCAUUAUGAAAGCAAUUGGGGCGAUGUGUCCAUCAGUUACCUAGAGGAACAUCUUGAGCGACUCAAGUGCGAGAGCAAUGUCUUAGGAUCGAUCUACCUGACCUCUGGGGAACCUACCCCUACAGUGGAAGAUAAUGAUAGCCAGAACAACCCAAAAAUUCUUGAUGUCGUCAUACCCUCGAGCAAUCAGGUUGAAGAAGUAACGAAUGAGCAGCCAGCCACUAUGAUACCUGCAACCAUUGUGGACUAUCGACAAGCUGCCCCUCCUACAUUUCCAUCAUCUGAGGGAUGAUGGUACUAGAAAACUGUAGCUGCUCUUUCCAUGAUAUAAUUUUGCCAAAAUCUCCCCCUUUUUUUGUGUGAAGCUCCCCUCUUUUUUGAAUACUGCUACUAUAUUUUGUAAAGGAUUUAUGGCAUUAUUCAUGAUGUCUUCUCGUUUGUUUUUUUCCUUGGGAUUUCUUUGUAUAUACCAGUUCAUAUGCCUUAUCAUUA